CCGCUGCCCGCGGCCGCCAUUUUCCCUCCCCUCACGCCAUUCCCCCCCUCAGCCUCCGCGCAGGCGCAGCGUCCCGCGGGGCGGGGGCUCGGGGCGCUGCCUCACGGGGGCCGGCGGCGUGCGCGGCCUCCCCGCGCUGCGGAGGGAGGAAACGUUAAUAGUAGGAAAUGGCAGAAGCAGUUUUCCGUCCCCCGAGGAGGAAAAGAAGAGUGUUUGAGUCGUACGAAGCCCCCUUUCCCGUGGAUGUAGGUGGGGAGGAUUUCAGAAUGUGCCAGGCUGAAAUUAUGAACAACAAUGUUAUUGUGAGGAACCCCGAGGACAUUGAGCGGCUCUAUAACAAGGGUUAUUUUGGAAAAGGUAUUCUUUCGAAAAGUCGACCAGUGUACAGCAUUUCCAAUCCUUACCUGGUUUCUAAAUGGCAAGGUGCUAACGUAAACAUGCCUAUAAUUACAUCAAAAAAGUACCAGUGUCGUGUUCAGUGGGCUAAAAGUAUUCUGCAAGAGCAAGGACUUGAUGACUGCUCCAUUACUGAAAUUCUUAAAAAUUACACCAAGCCUCUUGAGUUGCCACUUCUGGAAAAGGAGGGAGCUGAGCAAACUGGUGAUAGUUGUAACAGCACGGGCCCAAAUGCAGAAAAUACAGAGCUUUCCAGACAUUCUUCUGCAGACACUGGAAGUGUAGUAGAUCCUGAGUCCUGUAGUCCUGAGUGCCAUAAUGAAGGCCACCAGAAGGUCUGUUCGGAAGGAGGUCCAGCUUCGGAUUCCGUGGCUGCAUUUGGCCCUAAAGAACAGAAGCCCACUGACUUGAAAGAGGCAGCUGAAGUGUCUUGCCAGAAGCAUAGUUUUUGUGUGCGUUGCAGCUGCAAGGCUAAGGAGAGCACUGAACACAAAUCUUGUGAGAUGGCUGAGUCAAACGAAUGUGCUCCAGAAUAUGUCUUGGUGGAGGAGGAAGACGAAAGUGGUUUAUGUCCUGAAAGUGACUCUGCUCAUGAGCAAGAAAAUCUUGUCAAGAAGGAAAAACUGGUGUGUAGAAAAAAUCCAUUUAGGAUUUUCGAAUAUUUGCAACUCAGCUUGGAAGAGGCUUUUUUCUUGGUGUAUGCUCUGGGAUGUUUAACUAUUUAUUACGGUGAGGAGCCCUUAACAAUUCUGAAGCUAUGGGAAUUUUUCAGUGAAGUGAAGCCCAGUUUUAAAACUAUUUACAUGGCAUAUCAUUACUUCCGCAGUAAGGGCUGGGUCCCCAAAGUUGGACUGAAGUAUGGAACCGAUCUCUUGCUAUAUCGAAAAGGACCACCCUUCUAUCAUGCAAGUUACUCUGUCAUUGCUGAAUUAGUGGAUGACACUUUUGAAGGUUCUCUUCGCAGACCAUUCACCUGGAAUUCCUUGUCUGGCUUGAACAGAACAACUGUUAAUGCUUCUAAGGAACUUAUGUUAUGCUAUUUCAUUAGACCAUCUGAUAUGACUGAAAAAGAGAUGUCCACACCAGAAUGUUUGAAAAGAAUUAAGGUUCAGGAACUUAUUGUAACUCGUUGGGUGUCUUCCCGUGAGCGUAGUGAGCAAGAUGACCUUUAACUGAAUGUAUAAGAAGAACUUAUUUUUUUAAUACAUUGCCAUUUUUUAACCUGAUCUCACAAUGAACCAUUGCCUCAGAACAGUCUUUAUCAACAUUCAGUUGGUAUGUAUAAAAGUUGUCUAAAAUUGAGGCAUAUCCUAUUUAGUGGAGAGAAUGUUGUAUUGAAAAAUAAUGACUGGACUAUAAUAAUGCAUAUGAAGGGGGAGGAAUUAAAGCUGUGUCCCAAGUCAAACUACUAUGCUGUUUCCUUAUAAUUUAUAAAUUGUAAAUUGUUUACAAAAUGUAUUAUUUUGAACAGUGACUAGACUGUAGUGAUUAGUAAUGAUGUUUUUAAUACUCUCACAGAUUCAUGCAUUAGUGCUGAAUAGGCAGUAUGGCUUGCAGAGCCACUGAAGUCCAAAACAUGGAUCUCUGACUGAAAGCCUAAGUAAUGAGGAAUCAAACAGUUUUCUGAUAAUACCUCACAGAUUCUUCAAAGUUGAACUGGGGAGUUGUAAGGCUCAUUUAGUUCUGUGGUUCACACAGGGACAUAAUUUUCUUCAGAAAAAGAAAAGCUUGAAAGAAAAAAAAAAACUUAAGCUUGAAAGGGAAUUCAAAAAAAAAAAAAAAGCAGUAAUUACAGUGAGUCAGAUAACCUUUCUGUCUUUAAACUAGGCAGCACUUUGUCUUCUAUACUUACAUGACUGUAAAAAUCUCUGGCCUAAAAUGAUCCAAGUCUUUUAAAUGCUAUGGAGAUGUGGUGCCCUUUGUUGGCUUUUCUUUUGAUUUGGCUUUUGCCUGUUGCUCUUUUCCUUUGCUGUGCUUUUUUUUCUAAAUUGGCAUUUAUUUACAAGUUCUCUUUAAAAUUCUUUUGCCAUUGAAAAGAUGAUGGCAAGUGAUUGUUGUCUGAAUAUUUUCUCUCUCUUCCCACUCUCAACAUCAGAACACAACAAUGAACAGUAGGCAUGCACAGUGACAAAAACCAAACCCUAUGCCCCUCAACCUUGAAAUACAUUAUUAUUUUUUCCCCCAGUUGAACUAAAUCCAUGUUAAUAUUGCUGGGAGGAAGGCUUGGCUUAAUGAUUCAGUUGGAGGCUUAGAAUUUGAGAUAUCUAUGGUACCAUUCAUCUUCCACUGAAUAUUGACCUGAUAUGAUAGACUUGAUGAAGUUGUACAAACUUAGAUUUUGGAAGAGAUUUGGUUGUUGCAGUAUUUGAGCAUUGUAGGUCUUUGGAAUGUAAGAUCAGUCCAGGCUCUUAGGUGGCUAGACCCUGGAAUUCAGUGGUCCCAACUAAAAUGCUUAUUUUCACAAGCAGUGCUCAGAAUUGAUGAAUUCUUCCCAGAACGUGCAAGGAUUUAAAUUAAUUCUGGAGUCUAAGCACCUAACAGCAAUUUUAGGUGUUAGGCAGUAGGAAGUGCAGGGACGCCUUUCCUCAUUUGGGUAACCUCGUAAGCUAUGGACUGGGAGACUGCUUCUCCUAUGGAGUGAGGCAUAGGAUACUGCCGAGCAGUUCUGCCAUACUACACUGGGUGCCUGCUAGUUUCUAACUUGCAGGUUCCUAAACAGGGUGUCUGCUACUGAGAAGACGCAUUUAAAAAAAAAAAAUCAAAAAAACAAUGAAAAAGAAACAAAAGGAUUCAGCUCCUUCAAGUACAGCCAGCAGUUGUGGUUUAAGUAUCAGCUACACUGGAGUUUGAGUAUUGCUCCUAUAGAUUCAGGCAGGCAUUUGAACUCCAUCUUAGUCCCUGAACAGUAGGCUUCCCUGCUUCACAGCACUGUGAAACAUUUUUUUUUCCCUGUGCUGUGAGAGAAAACAUUUGCUGCUAUGGUAAGGAUAUAUUACAGUUAUUGACAAUGAUGGUGGCUUUGAAUUUUCCUUGUGCUGCUUUUGUUCACUAUAAGAAAGGGGGUUACUUCUGGUCUCAGUAAAAUUCCCAGGGCUGGUAAGACUUCUGUCAACUCUGUUCCCACCAAACACAAAACCACAAUUUUGUUUACUGAGGAGUUUAAAUUGUAAAGACAUGCCAUGAAUGCAGGGAAUGAUAUGCAACUUAGUGGAAGAUCUAGUGUUUUUCAUUUAAUGGAAAGACAUAAAAUGAAAAUGUUAAUUGUGUAAUAGCUUUUUCAAGCUCAACAUCUAUGUAUGUGUUCGCUGUAUGUGGCAUGGUGUCUUAUUUCCAGCUGCAGAUAACUACGGUUCAUGUUUCAGUACUACUGUACCAAAUAACUCAGAUUGUUCUACCAGGGCACUGAUACUUCCCAUGUAUUUAUAUUUUAACCGUUAAAAUACAGUUCUUAAAUGAA